AUGAGAACAAGCAUACUUGCGCUCGCCCUGCUGGCAGCCACGACGGCACGAGCAGCGCCAGCGCCAGCCGCCGCAGACACGACGCAGACCCUCGAGAAGCGGCUCACGACACUGUCGGGCCGCCUGCCCAUCGAGUCGGGUGGCGUGAGCAUCCUCCUCACUGCGCCAUCACCAGACAGCACAAACGACGGCCUGUCCCUCCCGCACCUCAUCACGUCAGCGCCAGAGGCCACCUCGUCGCCGCCAAAGCCACCGCCCACGCCGCCAUCGACGGUGCGCAACGACGCCUCGGCAAGCCUCAUCCUCGCGCCUAGUGGCUCGGCUGGCGGUGCGGCAGGCGGCGCAUCCAGCGCCCCGAGCGUCCUCAUCCCCGGCUCGCAGACCGUCACGUCCAACAGCGCGACCGCCAGCGCUGCCGCGGCUGGAAAGGCGUCGUCCGGCCGCCGCGCCGCUGUUGUUGGCAUUGUGCUCCCCGCCGCCAUUGUGGCCACAACACUCGCCUUUGUCCUCUGAGACCCACACCCAGACAUAUCCACCACACACCCGUCUGUGACAUUAUCCAAUACGUUGUAUGUGCACCAGAUUUACAGCCUUAUAUAACUAACUCCCUGCGAGUGACUCUCCGUGACUCCCGUGGCUAGAGCAUCAUCCAACGGCAGCGAGCGGCGCGACAAGCAACGUCGCCCCACACGCCAUCAUCGCCGCCAUCUGUAGAUUGACUUCAUUUGAUGGAUCAUAAAAUCGUGC